AUGAACCAACCAGAUCUAACGCUCGAGAGCCUUGCCGCUCGUGUUCUUAAUUUGACAACUGUGCUAACCACAGCUCUGCAAGAGCGAAACAGUCCCCAGCCAUCAUUCUCCCAAGAUGCUCCCGACUUCCUUUCACCUGCUCCAGAGGUGCAAGGUCCGCGAUUGCAGCUCAUCGAAACUUUGACAAAGAUGCUGCAUCUAGCUACUGGACCAACUGAAUACUUGCUUCACCAGUGUCUCUUGCCUAAUGCCGACGGCCUGAUAGUGGACUUUCUCAACCGGUUCGAUAUCUGGCAUCUUGUUCCACUAAACGGUUCUGCCAGUUAUGCCGACAUUGCCACUGCAAUUCAGCUUCCUGAAGUGACUGAAACACCUGGGUCAGAUCGCAUCAUUCACUCCGCAGCAUCCGCAUACGUCGCUCGUGACGCUGCUAGGAGUGCAUUCAUAGGGCACUGUAUGGAAGAUGUGCGUCCCGCUGCUGCAGUCGGAGUAGAUGCUCUUCAGAAAUUUUACCUCGGGCUCAAAGAACAUAGCGAGGAACAAGAGCAUUGUCCCACAUAUUUGGCCAGCGACAGGGGGAAAGUCCGCGGAACAUCCUACUGGGAGUUCGCCGAGACGUAUGAAGAGCCAGGGAAGCCGAAAGGAUAUCGUGCCGAGCGGUUUGCCUUGGCCAUGAAGGCAUUAUCUCAGACGCAACUGACGGCCCAGGUACUCGACAAAUUUGACUGGGAGAGUCUCGGAGAUGCGACUGUGGUAGAUGUUGGCGGAUCGACCGGACACAUUAGUCUUCUUCUUGCUAAAGCACACCCUCGGCUCAAGAUGAUUGUUCAAGACUUUCCAGAGGUCGAAACCAGUUUCAAUGAAGCAAUAGCUUCGUCAGAAUACGCAUCACGCAUCUCAUUUCAUGCAUACAACUUUUUCGAACCACAAACUCUCACAGCCAACGCCUAUCUAUUCAAGUCCAUCUUCCAUGAUUGGUCAGACAAAUACGUAGUACAGAUUCUGAGGAACUUGCUUCCGGUGCUCAAGUCCGGAGUGCAUAUCAUCAUAUUUGACAAUAUUAUUCCCCCGGAUCAUGAUGAGCACGGCAAACCGGUAGUACCGCUCCCAACUCGAAGACUUCUUGGGGCAGUUGAUUUACAGAUGUUUGUAAAUCACAAUUCGAAAGAGCGCAAGGCAUCAGACUGGACUGAAGUUGUCAAGCGGGCUGAUAGUCGCUUCGAGCUGAUGGGGUUCUAUACUGUAGUUGGAUCACCAAUGGGAAUUGUCGAUGUUGUCUUCAAUACAUAG